AUGUCGUCAUACAUACUGAUGACAAACGGCAGCACCGAAUCUAUGAUUAAUACACUCCAAGGCUCCAUCAUCUCUAUGCAAAAUGGCACGGAUUUGCGUGUUAUUUUUGACGUUAUCACGGAACUACAGGAUCAAGCAUGGGACGGUGAUGAGAAAAAUAGAGUAGAUCGGUGGAAAUCACAACUGCAAGACUACAUAUCGAAUAUCGGCUCAAAUUUCGAGAGACUUUCGCAGUUGAUCAAGAAGGGAAAAGAAGCUCCUGCCCAAGAUUGGGAUAGCUUCGUCAAUUACACCAUGGAAAACAUUGAGGAAAACGUUAGUCCAUUGCAGAAAAAAAUUUUCCCGGGUAGAAAACGCCCCAAAGGCACUGGUUACAUUUUCGAUCUGGCUCUUACUAGUAAUGAUUUACGGAGAAAACAUUGUCGUGAAGCGUUGGCGAUGCAGUCAUUUCUGAGCCAUUUAUUCCAAACGGUGAUGGUCACUGAAGCGAAAGCUAUGCUUUCACUGACUUACGCUAUCUUGAUUCAGAAUAGCUCGUAUGAAGCGCGGACUUACAAACUCUGGCAGCUGACGGUCGACUUCAAAGACCGAUUCAAUUACUACAUGGUGCGUACUGCGGAAGCCAUGUCCAUAGCACCACAUCAAACAACACCAUGCGAUCCUCCCAAUGGCACCCGUAUUCGAGAUGAGACUUACUUUGAAAUCGAGAGGUUGGAGCAAGUAUCGGUUUUCCAGUUCUCCGAUACUUCCAACAGUAGGGAUUGCGCCAAUGCUGUGGAGAAAAAAUCGCUGACGUUCUAUUCGGAACGAGAUAUUUGUAAAGGUAGUCUAUCUGACUGCGAGUAUUCCGGAUGGUUAGACGUUUGUCGAUUGGAGAAUAGUUCAAAGCGAUACGAGUGGAUCAAAUCAGAAGGUGGAGAUUAUGGAAUGAACUUCGACAAAUGCCCCAGUGGCACUAUAACUAAAUAUGAAGGGAAUAACAAUUCGUCCAAUGGUCACUGUAUUUGCAAAUGCCGUGAGGCUGGUAACUGGAUGAGUGUGAGCCCAGUGAUGGCUAAUGUAUCCGACAAUAUGGUUGUCAUUGGUUCACGGUUCAUGCGUAAGGAAGGAGUUCUUUACCUGCAACUGAAGCAAGGAAGGCUAUUGGCUAACGGCUGGAUUGAUCCAUCCUCGCAAGAGUGGAUUCCUUUACCAAAGAACCCGGUGUUGAUGGCGAUCAAUUCAACUCACAACAAGUUCUAUCUUGACAAUGUACCUUUGCCGAUGGGGCAUGUCGUUGUUGGUGAGUGA